GCCGUCAUGGCAACUUCAUCUGAAGAAGUUUUGUUGAUUGUAAAAAAGGUGCGUCAAAAGAAGCAGGAUGGAGCUCUAUACCUCAUGGCAGAAAGAAUUGCUUGGGCACCUGAAGGCAAAGAUAGAUUUACAAUCAGCCAUAUGUAUGCAGAUAUUAAAUGUCAGAAAAUCAGUCCAGAAGGAAAAGCUAAAAUUCAGCUUCAGCUGGUUCUGCAUGCAGGAGACACAACUAACUUCCAUUUUUCCAAUGAAAGCACAGCAGUGAAAGAACGAGAUGCAGUGAAGGACCUUCUUCAGCAGCUCCUGCCCAAAUUCAAGAGGAAAGCAAAUAAGGAACUAGAAGAAAAAAACAGAAUGCUCCAAGAAGAUCCUGCUUUGUUUCAGCUUUAUAAAGACCUUGUUGUAAGUCAAGUGAUCAGUGCUGAGGAAUUCUGGGCAAAUCGUUUAAAUGUGAAUGCAACAGAUAGUUCUUCUACAUCCAAUCACAAGCAGGAUGUCGGCAUUUCUGCAGCAUUUCUGGCUGAUGUCCGGCCCCAAACAGAUGGCUGUAAUGGUUUGAGAUAUAAUUUAACUUCUGAUAUUAUUGAAUCCAUUUUUAGAACUUAUCCAGCAGUAAAGAUGAAAUAUGCAGAAAAUGUUCCUCACAACAUGACAGAAAAGGAAUUUUGGACACGUUUUUUCCAGUCCCAUUAUUUUCAUAGGGACCGGCUAAAUACAGGGUCAAAGGAUCUCUUUGCAGAAUGUGCCAAAAUAGAUGAAAAAGGGUUAAAAACAAUGGUUUCAUUAGGAGUAAAAAACCCACUACUAGAUUUGACAGCUUUGGAAGACAAGCCAUUAGAUGAGGGCUAUGGCACUUCCUCAGUGCCAUCGACUUCCAAUUCUAAGUCCAUAAAGGAGAAUAGCAAUGCUGCAAUCAUCAAGAGGUUUAACCACCACAGUGCCAUGGUUCUGGCAGCUGGUCUCAGGAAACAACAAGCACAAAAUGAACAAAAUGGUGAACCCAGCCGCAUGGAUGGAAAUUCUGGAGAUGCUGACUCCUUUCAGCCAGCAAUAAAAAGGGCAAAGUUACAAGAGUCCAUUGAAUAUGAAGACUUGGGAAAAAACAAUUCCAUUAAAACAAUUGCACUAAACCUCAAGAAGUCAGAUAGGUAUUAUCAUGGUCCAACUCCAAUCCAGUCGCUACAGUAUGCAACAAGUCAGGAUAUUAUUAAUUCUUUUCAAAGUAUUAGACAAGAAAUGGAAGCUUAUACACCCAGAUUAACUCAGGUCCUCUCAAGUAAUGCUGCUAGCAGUACCAUCACAGCACUAUCACCUGGAGGAGCACUUAUGCAGGGAGGGGCACAGCAAGCCAUAAACCAGAUGGUGCCAAAUGAUAUUCAAUCUGAAUUGAAACACUUGUAUGUGGCUGUUGGAGAACUUCUCCGGCAUUUCUGGUCUUGCUUUCCUGUUAAUACACCAUUCCUAGAAGAAAAGGUAAUGAAAAUGAAAAGUAAUUUGGAACGGUUCCAAGUUACGAAGCUCUGCCCAUUCCAAGAGAAAAUUCGGAGACAGUAUUUAAGCACAAAUCUCAAGUUGGUAAGUCACAUAGAAGAAAUGCUCCAGACAGCCUACAACAAGCUUCAUUCAUGGCAGUCACGGCGCCUUAUGAAGAAGACGUGAGGUGUUCAUGGUUUAAUGAAAUUGAGAAAACUGUGACCUGCAGUGACUCUGGAGACCUGGCCUGACAGACAUGCAGAUGCCCAUAAAGGAGAAAAAUCUGCAGCAUGCCAACUCCCAGAGCAUAUGCUAUUGUACUUGCACAUUGGGAACUGAAGGGAAGGAAGGGACCUUGACUCAACUAAAUGCUGGGGGGAGGUAAAUUAAGGCAGAACCAAAUGAGCUAAGUUGCAAAUAUAUUUGAAUAUGUAUUACAUAUAUAUGUGUGUGCAUAUAUAUGUAUAUAAAGACUGUUUACUGCAGUUACUCAGGAACUGCUUUUGAUUGAUAUUAAGCUGCUUUGAGAAAUUUUUUUUUAAAAACUUAAAGAGUGCAUUGAUAAAAAUCUGAGGUUUUUUUGUUUUGUUUUGUUUUUGUAAAUUUUUUUUCUUAAGUUUAUGGCACAGGGUAGACCUUAAGUAUUUCUCCUCCAUCCUCCACUUGGACCCUCAAGUUUUACUGAAUUCUAGUUGUACCUUAUAUCAGCAAGUUAAGGAGAGUACUUUAAAAUAAAGCGAGGGAAACUGUUGUUCAACCAUCAGGAAACAGUUGUAGUCAGAAGACAUCAUUGGUCCUGUGUUUCCUAAGGAAAUAAGAAUAAAUAUUGCACUGAGUGUGGUUUGGAGUCCCUAAGUAAAGGGGGAUCAUAUUUACAGAAAGUCGUGUGUGGGGUUUUAAUGCAGAAUUUUGUCAGAAGACAAUGGCGCUGCAUGUUUAAGUGCAAAUGUAUAUUGCUAAGAUUUUUUAAAAGAUGGCAUGUGCUUUGAGAAGAGGAAGUUGCAUUUUUAAGAGUUUAAAAAUCUUACGAGUGAGAAAUAUAAAAAUCUUACUUAUUUUCACCUCUAGAAGAAAUAAAAGAUGUUUCUCAUACCGA